UCGUACUCCCGUUACAGUUGAUGAUUUUUGGGAGUUUUACCUCAGUUUGAGACGAAGCAGUACCACACAGAGGAAUCAUCUACAUAGUUUCCUCGCGGUGGUCGACCUCAAAAGAAAAGUUACCAGGUGGUUUGAAAACAAGUGGCGUCGUCUGCCUCCGCCACUUAGCUAAAAUAUUUGGCUUGCUUGCAUUGAGUCCGACAAAGCAGAGGAAUUAACCUACUUCAACACAAUUAAAAAACGGGAAGUGUGUAAUCAACGAUUGAGAUUCAUGCCGGAAUGUCUGCGGAAAGAGGAAAGCAGGUUGGGGCCUCACCUGUUGGAAGUGUAACUUGAGCAGUGGAGGCGGAGUUAAGGCCGUUUCUUUCCACGACUUUCCCUAAAGUCUGUGUCACUUCUCUUGAGUGGGCGCUCGUUGUCGCGACGCGGUAUUCCCGAGCAUCUUAUCAAAAUGUGUAACUUGUGAUCCUCCAUUCGCACGCACUAACACCACUUCUAAAGAUGAGGAGGGGAGCCCUGGCCUUUUUGGGUCGGAAGGAUCGGUCUCUCUUCGACACCAGCAUCAAAAUGGGCGAAAUGGAUAAUGCAGAGCUAGUGCUGAACUCUCCAACCUCUCCAGAGUCUGGUACCGCCAGUGUGCGUGCCAGGCCCACUGUCAAGCAUUACACUACAUCUGAGAGUUUUCAAGGGUUUGCUGUUCCAACACCCAGGGUCCCAGUCCUCCCCACUAUCAAUGGUCCAAAGGUCAAUGGUGCAGUCUACGGAGAUCAGUUACCCUAUGGCUUAGUGGAGGAAGACAUAUUGGUUCCUCCUCCUCCCUCCUCGGCCCCUCCCCCACCUCCAGAGACCUUUGUUCUCCCUCCACCUGACUUCUUGGGUUACCUAAGCAAUUUAGAGAUGACUGGCCAUCAGCCCCCUCCCAAACCUCCCCCAAAACCACCUCUCAUUGAAGAGAAAAAUCGACGUAUCAUAAAACCCCCACUAUUGGCCCCUCCAAAACCUCCAUCCACAGGUUCCAGUAGCUCUGCAUCUUCCACUCCCAUUUCAAAACCGUCCCCUGCUAAAGUUCCCAAACACCCAACUUUCCCCCCACCACUUCCUCCUACCAAAGGGCAGCAGAACACCUUAAAGACUCCUCCUCCAAAACCCAUUAGACUCUCAUCUAUGGGCAACCUCAACUCCCCACCGCAGAUUCCUCCUCCGCCUCCUCCUGUGCAUGUUCCCACACAGUCAACGUUCAAUCCUCAAAACACAGCAAAGCUAAACCAUGUAUCCAAUGCCUCAGUGCUCAGUGGCUAUGAAGAACAAGACACAAGACCCAAGCACAUGUUACUCCUGGAGGAUACUGGGUCUGUUAAGCCAGUGCCAAUGUUGGUUGCAGUGAAUGGGAAUGUCGCCAGGGAGACACCAACCAAGCCAAUUCGCAAAGAUCCCCGGCAUCAAAAAGACAAUUUACAAAGUGCACCUUACACACAGACAUCUCUACAUGAACCACCCAAAGAUGUUCUGGAUCACAAAGAGGAUAUACAAAGUAGUCCACCCUCUUGGUCACUCAUGCCUGAUGUAACCACAAGGACUAGUAGACAGACAGUGUCAGCACAGAAUGAAACUGUCAAACCACUCAGAGUGCCAUACCAAAUACCAAAAACGCUUCAGACAGGGAACAGAAAGUUACUGACUUCUGAGGAUAUACAAGGUAAACUUGGUCCAAAACCAGCUGGGAAAUUAGGUAUUUUAUCAGAUCAUAAAUUACAAAACCUAAAGAAUGGUGAAAGCAGUGCAGGUCAAGAGGCUCCUGCAGCUUCCCCACUUUCUCUUCUAAUGGCGGCUAAGGAAAGAGAGAAGUACAAGGGCUUCCUGUCUCAUGAAAAUGAGACCACAAAGAAUGAUCAGCGCCGAGGAAGCAUUCAGAAGAAUAAUUCAAUUCUCAAACCUUUCACUACUUUGCCAAGAUCCCUGUCAAGCUCUUCUCUCUUGCAUCAGGAUAAAGUCCAAGUAAGUCCAACGUCUGUUAGUCCUGGGCAGUAUUGGGAAUCACAACCAGCAUCUAUCACAGAAUUGAGUCGUGGGGGAACCUUCGAGCCAGCUCGUAGUUGGACGACAUCAGCUUCAUCUACAGAUAUGAGCAACCGACGUUUGAGGAGGAAAGAUUCAAAUGUUAACUCUGGAGGAGACAAGGGAUAUGUCGGGUUGCCUUUACUACCUCCACCUCCAGAAUUUGAUGAUUUUGAUGAUAUUUCCUCAGCUCCCUCCAGUCGUCCUUCUAUCCCAACAUUAGAAAUGACACCACAACUAAAUAUAAACUCUCUUCCACCUGCUCACAGUCCACCUGCACCAGCACCUAAACCCUCUAAAAACCCAACUCCUAAUUUCGGUGUCCAAACAAACACACAGUUCCAGACUAACUCCAGGGUAGAUCCUACACAGCGGGCAGCAACCCUUUCACCAAGCCAGGCCACACUUGUGAGCAUCCUCCAAAAAAAGAUGCUGGAGAUGGACCACAAAAUUAUUACCACAAAAGAGACAGACUAUGACGCUGAAGAGUGGGGUGUCCCACUUUCUGAGAACAUCAAUGUCCCAGUUAUUCCAAAGACCAUGCCGCAAGCCAAGAGUAUUUCUACUGGGACCAACCCAACACCAAACCACCAUAAUCAGGAGGUGGGAGGCAAAGCAGUGAAAAAACACCUCAACAUUAACAGCAAUGAAUCUCAGUCAGUCCAUCAGCAUGGUAUGACUUAUCGAAUACGGCCUGGAACCAAACAACCCAUUACUCUCAUUAGAAAAGGACCGUCAUGAGUAAAUAGGAUUGGUAUUCCUCCAUUAUGUAUAUCAUAAAUUGCAUACUGUACUUGGUGCACAGAAGGAAUAUUGUAUGUACCAGAGGAGGAAAAGAACAAAUGAGAUACUAUACAUGUCUAUUCAGGGUUUUCCCGCCAACUGGAGGGGUAAUUGGGUUCAAGACACUGUUGGAAUGACAAGACUGAUGUAAUAACUGGGCAUUUGUUACCAGAUGUGGUGAGAAGCAAAACAAACACUCCACAUGUGUAAUGCUAUAUGCUAACAGUAGUCAGUUUUAAAUUAGUAGCAGUGAGCGCAAUAAUAAAUAUUAGCAUUAGCAUACAUGUUGUUCCAAGGCUAGUAUAGCUGUUCAUGGGUUACCUGUCAGUGACGACACUAUUCUCAUUUUUACUUCUCCGUUUACCAUAAACAGCUGUUUGAGUUUACCAUUUGUUUGUCUGCCGUGUAGCAGGUCGAAAAAGUAGGAUAAGCUAGGCUUCAAAGGGAAAGACUAGUAGACCGACUGUCAUUUUUUUUUCUGUAUCGGGAACUCUAAUCAAUUCAUAUUAGCGAUGUUACAAUUUUUCAACCUCCUUAUUUGUACUGAGGCCUAAAACGUUGAGAUACAUUGGGUGCAGUGUUAAAGACACCUCACAAUGAUAGACAUGUAGAAAUACGUAAACGGUUUCAAAGCUAGAUAGCAUGAUGGGAGACAGCAGAAUCUAUAAUUCUGACGUACAAACAAAAAAUACCUCGGCAAUGAUCCAAUACCCAACCUAAGAUGUGUAUAUACUUUAUAAAUCUGUGCUUCCUAAGUGUACUGAACUAAAAUGUAAAUACAUUUGGAGAAAGGCCCAUGUAUUCUAUCUUCAGUAUAUAACAUGCGUUUUCUAACGUUGCUAACCGAAAAAGCUUAGCUUCAAUGAAGUGCUCGGAAAAAACAUGGAUGUAUGGACUGGGCAUCUUGCCAAAUAAGAGAUCAGCUGUGCGGAUUUGUGAAAGCUUUACCUUUACCUUUUUCGCACCUACUGGUAUUGUUGCAGCCAAGCACCACAGACCGGAUGUGUGUGACAUCAUGGGAAAGCUUCCUAUUGUAAAGUAAAAUCACUAUUUGUUGAUUUGAAAAACCCUGUGAAGGGACCAAAAAAAAUAUUGUAAAUUUGACAAACCACACUGAAGUGUUGUUAACAAGCCCGGGCCGUUGUAUGGGCUCUUGUAUUUUCGGUAAUUAAAAACAGAUCAUUUAAAUUAUUUUACUGGGUCAUCAACAACGGGUCAUUCUCCCAUGUCCAUGGUAAAUGUUUUACAGUAAAACCUCAUAGUACAGCUUUGUGUAUUCCUCAGAACAUUAUGAACUGAAAGCAUUUAGUAUUGUAAAACUAUUAACUGUAUUAAUUGUUCACAGCACAGUUCAUUCAACAUUUUGAAUGUAAAGUUUAAGUGAAUAGGCACAUGCCAUGUAGCUGUAAUUUCCAUUCACUCUUAAAUUAUGUACUGUGGGGUCUUUAGAGAUUGCAAUUUGCAGUUUGAUUUGGAUUGUCAUUUUAAUCAAUGGAUAAAUGUACUUUUACAUUAAAAAUAUGCUUGUUGAUGAACAGCAAUGUGUAUAUAUAUUUAUACAAUAGGUUCUGUGAUUGAAAUACUCAUCACAAAGGCAAAAUGUAUUCAAUUAUCUUGAGCUUGUAAAUAAAAUUGAUCAGAAGUCUUAAAUUGUGUGUAUAUAUAUAUAUAUAUAUAUAUAUGCCAAAUAUUGGUGUGCUUGCUUCCUCCCAGUUUCCACUUAUCUACAGUUCCUCAAGGAACAAGCAUCACUGAUGAUGAGAUACAAAUCCACCUAAUAAUUGCACGGCUGCUCAGUUAAGAGAACAUUGUGGCGGUGGGAAUUGCAAAGAAUGUGCAGUGUUUUCCCCGAUAGAACACCUGCAACACUUUAGGAGAGGUGAUCCACACACACGCCUUAACAUUGAAUAUCUUUGUACACAUUUGUUGAAAAUACCAUGUCUCUCUAGUGCAUGUGGAAAUCUUAAAAGCAUUAAAACAGAAAAAUUCCUUAUGGGUAUAUUUAUGAAACCAAUUUUCUUUUUGUCAACUUGUAUGCUGUC